AUGUGCGUCCUUUGGCUGCCAUUUGUAAUUUCGGGUGGUAGAGUUAAAUGCUUUGCAGAACAAGUACAUUUUUAGCUGCUUAACAUCGCCUUAUAAUAUACCAAACAAUUUGCAUUUAUUUCAUUUUCAUACAUUAAUUCUGAAAACAUGAGUGACAUUGAUCCAAAUAAGUUAAAAGUUGCAGAACUGAGAGAUGAAUUGAAAGCAAGAGGACUCGAUACAAAAGGAACAAAAGCAGUUCUUGCUAGACGACUCACCAAAGCAUUGAAGGAAGAAAAGGGCGAAUCAGGUUUUUCAGUAGGCGACGAUUCCAUAUUAGAUGAAUCCUCACAAGACCAAGAUACUAGUCACCAAAGUUUGGAUGAAAGCUCUCAGGAAGCACCUGAAGUAACAGAAGAAAAGCCUGCUGAAGAAACCCCUUUGGAAGAAUCAGUUGAAGAACCUAAAAAGGAGGAACCGAAAGAAGAACCCAAAGCAGAACCUAAAAAGGAAGAACCCAAAGCUGAAGAGAAAUCAGAAAAAACAGAAGAGCCAGAAUCUAUUGAAGUCGAUAAACAAAAUGGAGAGGAUAAAGCAAACGGAGAGUCUACUAAUAUAGAAGAAGAGGUUGCUGGACAAGAAUUGCAAACAGUAGAUGAAGCUACUUGUGAUGAUGAGGAAACAAAACACAGAAGGAAAAGGUCAAGGUCACACGACCGUCACAGAAGUAGAUCCAGGGAAAGGAGGAGAUCUCAUUCAAGAGAAAGAAGGCGUAGUCGCAGUAGAUCUCCAAAGAAAGUUGUUAUGGAGGAUGAAGCAUGGGAAACAUCUGAAAGUGUAUUAUUUGACAGAUUCAACUCUGAUUUGAGUUUGAAGCUUGGAGAGAAUAAUCUGUCAGCUGAACCCAUGACAGACGAUGGCUUUGCCAUGAUGUGGGCAGGAGUACGUGCAAAUUAUGGAAUAACAAAAGGACAAGUAGCAUAUGAGGUUAAAUUGCUGGAAAACCUAAGUGUUGACCAUUUACCUCCGGAAGAAAUUAUCACACAUGUACUUCGUGUUGGAUGGUCUGCUUCAACCACAUCUAUGCAAUUAGGAGAAGAACCUUUAUCUUUUGGGUUUGGUGGAACAGGAAAAGCUUCAACAGACACUAAAUUUAUUGAUUAUGGACAACAGUUUACAGCAGGGGAUGUCAUUACAGCUUAUGUUGAUUAUGAAAUGGAUGAAGAGGAAGCAUACCUAUCUUAUGCAAAGAAUGGAGAUGAUCUCGGAAUUUGUUUCCAAGUUGAAAAAUCCAAGCUAGAAGGAAAUGCCAUGUUUCCACAUAUUUUAACAAAAAAUACUUCAUUUGAAGUCAACUUUGGUGCACAGGAAGAGCCUUGGUUUGAAUUGAAAGAGGACUUUGUAUUUAUUGAUAAAGUACCAUUGGAAGAAAGAGUAAAAGGAAUUGCUCCACCAGAAAAGAAAGAAGAGUGUGAGAUUAUCUGUAUGGUUGGAUUGCCUGGUGCAGGAAAGACAUACUGGGUUGACAAAUGUGUGGCUGAAAAUGCUGACAAAAGAUACAAUGUUCUGGGAACCAAUAAUAUCAUUGACAAAAUGAGGGUAAUGGGUCUCCCUCGUAAGAAGAAUUAUGCAGGACGCUGGGAUGUAUUGAUCGACAAGUCUACAAAAUGUCUAAACAAGCUUUUAGAAGUAGGAGCUACUAAAAAGAGGAACUACAUUUUAGAUCAGACAAAUGUGUAUGCAUCCGCAAGAAGACGUAAAAUGCAGCCUUUUGAAGGUUUUCAACGUAAAGCAGUAGUGAUUGUUCCCACUGAUGAAGAAUACAAAAAGCGCGUUGAGACACGAGAAAAGGAUGAAGGCAAGGAUGUCCCUGAAAAAGCAGUUCUUGAAAUGAAAGCUAAUUUCACACUACCAGAAGAAGGUGUUCUGUUUGAUACAGUGGAGUUCAUAGAACUUGACAAAGAAGAAGCAACUAAACUUGUAGAGGAGUAUGUCAAGGAAGGAAAGGCUGCACUUCCUCCUCCAUCCAAAAAAAGUAGAUUUGAAGAUCGCAGAGACAGCAGGGGUGACAGGAGACAUAGUGGAGGACGUGAUAGUUGGAGGGAUGAUAGACGACGUGGUGGAAAUAGCUGGGGUGGUGGUGGUGGUGGUGGUGGAAGAGGAGGAGGAGGUAGAGAUUCUGGUAGAGACAGGUAUGGGGGUGGAGGUAGAGAUCGUAGAGAUGAUAGAAGUUGGGAUAGAAGGAGAGACGACAGAAGUAGUGGAGGCUGGAAGGGCCGAGACUCCAGGAGUGGUGGAAGUAGUUAUGGAGGUGGUGGUAGACAGGGCAGCAGUGGAUGGGGCUCCCAAGGAGGUGGAACAUGGGGUAACCAAGGGAGUGGAAAUUGGGGAAACCAAAGCAGCUGGGGUAAUCAAGGAAAUUGGGGAAAUCAGCAGCAAGGAUAUGGGCAGCAAUGGGGUAAUUAUCAGCAAGGAAACCAAGGAUAUGGAGGAGGAGGAGGAGGAUGGGGUGGACAACAACAACAGCAAUCCUGGUCGGGUCAACAGCAACAAGGAACUGGUUGGGGUAGUGGAUCAUAUAACCAAGGAUCUUAUAGCUCAGGAACGAACCAGGGAAGCUGGGGCGGCAGUAGUGGUGGCAGCAAUUACAACAGUUACAGAAAAUAAACAAAUCACUGUACUUGUUAUAGACAUAUUUUUAUUGUUAUAUCCUGAAUGAAAAUGAAGUCAUCAUCUUUUAAUUAUGUAAAUUACAUUCAAUUUCAGAAAAGUGUUGUAGACAUUAAAUGUUGUAAAUUGAAUGUUUUUAUAACAACAUGAAGUAAAUAGAAGAUUUAUAUAGAAUUAUGUGUCAACUAUCAGUUGUAAAAUCGUCAUCAUUGUUCAUUGUUGAUCAUCUGUACAUUAAAUCAUCAAAUCUUG